AUGUGUCCGAGGUGUGUAGUGGUUGAACGCAGCCUGACACUGAGCCACGACAUGCUCCAUUUAACUCCUGGCCAUGCUCAGCCUAUCCCUUCCCACCUCCCAGCCACACAGGCCCCCUGGUCCCCAGCCCCCCUGCUCCCAGUUCACCUGCUCCCAGCCCCCAUGGCCCAGAGCCCCCCUGGUCCCCAGCCCCCCUGGCCCAGAGCCCCCCUGGUCCCCAGCCCCCAUGGCCCAGAGCCCCCCUGGUCCCCAGCCCCCCUGGCCCAGAGCCCCCCUGACCCACAGCCCCCCUGGUCCCCAGACCCCCUGGUCCCCAGACCCCCUGCUCCCAGCACCCCAUGGGCCCCAGUCCACCUGAUCCCAGCCCCCCUGGCCCAGAGCCCCCCUGGUCCCCAGAUCCCCUGCUCCCAGCCCCCCUGGUCCCCAGACCCCCUGCUCCCAGCACCCCUGGCCCAGAGCCCCCAAAGACUGCCAGAGGUCCACCUGCUCCCAGCCCCCCAGUCCACCUGCUCCCAGUCCACCUGCUCCCAGCCCCCCAGUUCACCUGCUCCUAGCCCCCCAGUCCACCUGCUCCCAGCCCCCCAGUCCACCUGCUCCCAGUCCACCUGCUCCCAGCCCCCCAGUUCACCUGCUCCCAGCCCCCAGUCCACCUGCUCCCAGCCCCCCAGUCUCCUGCUCCCAGUCCACCUGCUCCCAGCCCCCCAGUCCACCUGCUCCUAG